CUAUCUCAUUAUAUUCUUAUUUGUAUUUACGAAAAUAAAGAGAAAAAAAAACAUUUCAGUAGAGAUUGAUGUACAUUUGUUUUUGGAAUCUCAUAUUGGUUUGUACUGUAAUUGGGUACUUUUGUACAGCUGUACAGGCCUACAUUACAGACAUCAAACUAGUGACAUGUGAUGGACAUCGUGCAUGUCCAAAUUUUCCUGGUUACAAGAAACUAGAAACCAACUUGAAUGCAGGAACCAAACGCAGCCAGAUAUACAUGCACAUUAAAGACGAUCCUUCAUCAGAUCCGAUUACUGAUCUCUUGAUUCUCAAGACACCAGAUCCACCAAAGGCUACAGGCUGGACACGUCUUGAGACUGAUUUAAAUCAUAACACUGUCUUUGAUAACCAGACAGCGAUCUGGCUGUAUUUUACAAAGGACAAGCGCUUGUCCGUAAACCCGGUGACAUCUAUUAUCAUUAAGGAAGGGGACAGUCCGGUAGUUGGGGCAGAGUACAGACGAUUGCCAGUGGAUUUGAAUGAAGGUGUUGGAGGCAUGCCGCUUUAUAUGUUUUACAGCCAAUUAGGACCCAAAGAAUAUUUAUUCGAUAAAAAUCCAAUCACUGCCCUAACAGCCAAAGCUUGUUUUACAGACGUGUGCUAUAUGGAUGGAUGGGAAAGGGUAGAAAAGGAUGCCAAUGAGGGUGUGAUUGUUGGUAUGAGAAUCUACCUCUUUUACCAACGUAAAAGAAACAGCCCACCUGUUACAGAUAUUGUGCUCGUAUUGGAUGAUCAGACAGCACCUGAGGGUUACAACAAAGUAGAGGUUGAUCUGAACUUUGUUACUUUCCGAGGUGCCUCGAUUUAUUUGUGGUACAAGACAUUGUCUAACCCCAGUGAAGAAGAAAAGUCAACCGCAAUCCAACAAGUGGCAAUAGAAUAUGGUCAAAACGCAGUUGCUCCUCUUGGCUGGGAGAGAUUGAGUGUGGACUUGAACAGUAACCACGAUGGAAAGGGUGGGUUUGGAGAACCUACGUUUCUGUUUAUCCAAAGAGGGUAUCACGAACUUCCUCCUCGUCAACCAUUGGUGUUUAGAAAGGACGGAACUUUCAAGAUUGUACAACUAGCAGAUCUGCACUUUACAAACGAGGUGGGAAAAUGUAAAGACACGCCAGUUGAAUUUGAUUGCAAAGGAGAUGAUUCUACGAUUGCUACAAUCGAAAGACUCUUGGAUCAUGAGAAGCCGGAUUUAGUCGUCUUUGGCGGCGACAAUAUAGACGGCAAUGGUUGUUAUUUUGUUUUUGUUCUUUUUUGUUUUGUUCUUUCUUUUGUGUGCGUGUGUAUUUAUAUCCAAAACCUUGUACUCAUACCCAAAACCUAUAUCUCAGGUGCUGUUACAGAUGCAAGAGCAGCAACCUUCAAAUUUGCAGAACCAGUCAUUAAACGCAAAAUUCCAUGGGUGGCCGUGUUUGGUAACCAUGACGAUGAAAAUGAUUUGACACGCGAGGAACUUUUUGAAGUUAUCCGACGCAUGCCUUUCAGUUUGAAUGAGCGAGGACCCCUUGAAUUACCCGGCACUGGAAAUUUUGCUCUUCAGGUAUUUUCAAAUGCUACCCUCGAAGCACACGCCUUGACAAUUUAUUUUCUAGAUUCGCACGGCCUUGCAACCAAGGAUACGUAUGACUCGAUAGAUCAAGAACAACUCAAUUGGUUACAGGAAACCUCGGCGAACUAUGCGCAAUCUGGAAAGGGAACACAAAAACCAAAUGCUCUUGCUUUCUUCCACACACCAAUUUGGGAAUAUCAUGGGGCGGAGGACAAGUCUGUGCCUAAGUUGGGAGACCAGCGUGAGACAAUUUCAAGUCCAAGAAAAAAGAAAAAUCUAUCAGUUCUUGACGCAUUUGUGAAAGCUGGUGACAUAAAGGCGACUGGGUGGCAAGCAUUACAUGCAUAUGGACACGACCAUGUAAACGACUAUUGUAUCGAACAAAAGGGUAUUCAAUUAUGCUACAGUGGUGGAUUGGGAAUCGGUGGGUACGGUGCCGCUCAUCUUGGUUGGCCACGCAGAGCCAGAGUCUGGGAAAUCAACCGAUUCGGAGAAGGAAUUGUAACCUGGAAACGGUUGGACGACGGUGCCCUGACCCUGCAUCACUAUCAAACACUACUUUGACGGAAACUGUCAAUCCAAAAAUAAAACAAAGCACAUGCACAAUAUACAUAUAUACAUAUAUAUAUACACAAAUAAAUAUAUAAUCUUGUAUAUAUUCUGU